AUGAGGAUCAUGUCGAUACGAGGUAAAUACCUAGUGUGGGCUAUCACGGCAUGUUGUUGCCAGGCAUUCCUAUUACUGGGCUACGAUCAAGGGGUCAUGUCAGGCAUUAUCGGCGCAGAGAACCAGUUUGGCGAGGACUUCGGUCGUCCAGACCCAACUACGCAAGGAACUAUCGUUGCUAUAUACGAUAUCGGGUGUGCAAUCGGUAGUCUGACAACGUUCUUCUGGGGAGAGAGCAUAGGACGAAAGCGCAUGAUUAUGGCUGGUGCGUUCACCAUGCUACUCGGAACGGCAAUUCUCACAAGCUCUACCACGUUGGCGCAGCUAUAUGUGGGACGGAUCAUGACUGGGAUUGGAAAUGGAUUCAACUCUUCGUCAAUCCCAGUAUAUCAGAGCGAAAUGUGCGGCGGCAUGAUCAGAGGAGCGCUUGUCUGUCUCAACUCGACGGUGACCAUCAUUGGCCUUGUGAUCGCUUACUGGCUAGACUAUGGGAUGUCCUUCGUCGGCGGUCCAGCACAGUGGCGACUACCCAUCGGUUUCCAAGCUUUCUUCGCACUCUGUCUCUUCUUACAAGUUCUCGUCCUCCCUGAUAGUCCACGUUGGUGCAUGGCUCAUGGACGCGGGGAAGAGGGCGCCCGAAUCCUUGCUCAGCUGGAAGAUCGUGACUCACCACAUCACCCGGAUGUCGUUGAGAAGCGUAAAGAGAUCGAGGUCUCCCUUGCGCAAGAGAGUGCUGGGGGACCCUUCCGAUACCGCGAGCUCCUUGAAGGCGGGCCUCUGGGCAACUUCAGGCGGAUAUGCCUGUGUAUCGGCGUGAACGUCAUGCAGCAGUUCACGGGCUACCUUGCGCCUAUAGUGUACCACAAUACGAUGGGCCUAUCAAGGAAUCUCUCGCUUCUCCUGGGUGGCUUCACUGCUGUCACGUACAUGCUUGCGUCGUUCAUACCACUAUGGACCGUGGAUCGGUUUGGACGCCGCUUCCUCUUGAUGACGUCGGCAACGGGACUCUCUGUCUGCUACAUCCUUGCGGCUACCCUUCUUUCAAGGAAUACGAAAGGUGCAGCAUACGGUGCGACAGCCAUGAUGUUCCUCGUCCAGAUCUUCUUAGGAAUUGGAUAUCUCCCAAUCCCAUGGCUCUAUCCCGCAGAGAUCACGACCACGCGCAUUCGCGCCCGCGGCUCCGCGAUCUCCUCCUUCUUCAACUGGAUGUGCGUCUUCGCCGUCGUCGAGAUGACCCCGCCCGCGAUCGCGAACAUUGGCUGGCGCGUCUUCAUCAUCUUUGCCAUCUUCAACGCGCUUUGGGUCCCGCUCGUGUACGUCUUCUUCCCUGAGACGAAAGGGCUUGAGCUCGAGGACGUCGACCAUAUCUUCGAGAAAGGUGGUUUUACGGGCGGGGUGUGGAGCAGCCCGGGCGGACGGACGGUUGAGCGGAGGAGGAUUGCUAGAGGCGUGGAGGACAGGGAGGGAGGUCCAGAGGAGAAAUGGAAGGCGCAGGCGGAUGUGCGGAUUGAGGACAGUUCUGCUGUGAGAGCGGAGGCUGUGAAGGGCGAGAAGUAG